UAACUUGAAUGCCGGGAAAUGUGAUAAUUAGACGCGUGCAAUCGCAACAUCUUCACUUAAUGUACUUUGACCAGCUCAUUGUUUAACAAGUUUUAUUCACAGUCUCUGUUUGAGAAACAAAAUGGUUCAACGUGGUGAAUUUUACGUGGGUUCCCGUCUCCUACAGCCCCUAACUGUUAUCGGGUUGCCAUUAGAUCAGAUCAACUUCCUCGUGUGCCAGAUUUCUGCCUUGUUCUUGGGAUACUACUUCCGAAAAAACUGGUCCCCGAAGCAGAUCAGUUUGGUUAAUCGUCAUGCUCUAGAGCUAGUUGUCGGCUUCAUCCUGACUGCCUUCUGUUUUGGAUAUCAGGUGAUCCAUGUGGUUUUGAUGGGAUGGCUCUGCUAUGCACUGAUUCUCCAUGCGCCGCGAGAUAAGUUCCAUGUCCUCGUGUUUAUCUCUGGUAUGGGAUACCUGUGUAUCAUGCACAUGUAUCGCCAGUACUAUGAUUACGAAGGAUAUUCGCUGGACAUUACAGGACCUUUGAUGAUACUGACACAGAAAGUCACCAGUAUCGCUUUUCCUCUACAUGACGGCACACAGAAAAAGGAUGAAGAUUUAAAUCCUGAUCAAAGGAUAAUGAAAAUAGAGAAGCCGCCCUCAGUUUUGGAAUAUUUCAGCUAUCUGUUCAGUUUCCAUAAUAUCAUGGUGGGACCCCUGGUGUUCUAUACGGACUAUAUCAAGUUUAUUGAGGGAAAGGACGGCUCUUAUGAAACUCCAGACAAAACUCCGACAGUUCCACAUCCAGAGGAUGCCGUGAAGGAGAAACUCAUGGUGGCUGGUAUCUGUGGUGUAGUCAUGGUGUUGUCUCCCCUAGUCUUUCCUGUUGAAUACAUGGCAGAUGAGGAAUUCCUUUACCAGACAAACUGGUUUUACAGAAAUUUCUUUGUUCUUUUUUGUGUGUCACUGGUUAGAGCCAAGUAUUACUGUGCCUGGAAAUUAGGAGAGGCAGUGAACAAUGCUGCCGGUCUUGGCUUCAGUGGGUAUGAUGACAAAGGUCAGGCCAAGUGGGACCUUCUGAAUAAUGUCAAAAUAUAUGAAUUAGAGGUAUCAAACAGUCUUAAAGUUAAUAUAGAUUGUUGGAACAUCACAACAUUGAUAUGGCUGCGUCGCGUAGUCUAUGAUCGCGUGCCCCCGAAGCACCGGACUCUCGCCACCUUUAUGGUCAGUGCUCUCUGGCAUGGUUUCUAUCCUGGAUAUUACAUCUGUUUUACUGGAGCUGCCCUGUGUACUGUAGCUGCCAGACUGAUGAGAAGAAAUGUACGACCUUUAUUUCUUGAUUCUCCGGAUAAAAAGAAAUUGUACGACGCUGGAACAUUCUUCUUUACUCGCUUUGCAAACGUUUAUCUGGCCUCGAAUUUCUGCCUCCUCGGACUUGUACCAUGCUUUUCAUUAUUAGGGUCUUUAUAUUUCUGGAUUCACUUAUGUGCAAUAGCAGUUAUUAUUUACUUCUCAUACCUACAUCCAAAGAAGAAGACAGAAAAAGUAGAGACAGUGGCAAAGGAGAUAGUGGAUGUAAAAAAGUCGCAGUAGAGAUGUCGCGAGUUGUGUUCAAAUUGUGACAAGUCACCUACGUGUUAUCUUCUAAAGUUUUAGAGUUGUUUUGACUCAUGGUUUCUUAUACCUUUAUGUGAUAUUAGAUAAGUUUGGUUUGUGAUGAUGUGUGCAUGUUGUGAAAAUCAAAUGUUUGUGUAUUUUUUUAUUUUUACAUACUUUAAUUACACAUGUUUAAUGGAUUUGAAGGAGAGAAUACUUUUUCUUUUUUACUUUUUUGUGGACUCUCCAAAGACAACCACAACUUUUCAUUGCUUCAUAAACAGGAUGGGUGGGUCACAGUACAAUGAUGCAGUGAUUUACUUGUUUAUUUUCCAUCAGUAAAAUGCAUCUGCUUCUGAUUUUGUCCCAGGUGAAUAUGACCAGAUCGGAUUUCCUUGUUAGCACCUAUAUAAAGAUUUUAUUUAGAUCACUUAGAGAAAAGCUACAGAAAUCUGAUGGAAAGCAAUAAAUACACUGCCCUGUUAAUGAACAAAUCAUUUCCAUUAUUUUUUUAAUCAAUUUUUAUCUAAGGUUUUUUUUCUGAUUUGAUUUCAAUAAUGAAUAUGUUUAUCUCGUACCUGGAAAAAUUACUUAAAAAAAGAGAGAAAAACAAAUUUCAAACUAUAUUCAUGUAUUUUUCAAAUAGCAAAUAGUUUUUUUCAAACAAAAGCACUGUAAGUUUGUAAUAAAGUAAACUUUUCUUUUCCUAAGAGGCCCCAUAUCACUAUACACAACAGUAUAGAAUCUUUGUGAAGAAAGGCAGGGUUUGCAAUAAGAGCUAUAACUUGUAGCUCAUUGAUACUGAGCAUUUGUGUAUUGUUAAAUUCAAGCUGUUUUUAUUUGUGCCUAUUUUUGGUCAUAGUAAUAGUCAUGCUGAAAAAGCUAGUCAGAUAGACAUUCAGGGCUUUUAUGCAUUUUAUUUUUGUCAAAUCAAACUCACUUGUUUUUUAUUCCUUCACAGGUUUUUUUGUAAAACUUUUUUUGUGUGUGUGUUUGAUUCAGAAUUGUCGUGAUUUUACAGUAUUGAUUUUUUUUUCGUCAAAAAAUGUGCCUCAUAUAUUUCUCUUCCAUUUAUUGAACAUCAUUACCCAUUAGUCAAUUUAUUUAUAAAACCAAAUUGAUUUCUAGAAAUUAGACUUACAUGUAUUAAUGAGGUUGAUAUUGUAAGUGCUAUAUGAAUUUACAACAGAAAAAUUUAAAACUCCAUGAACAUGAAUUUCAGCCGUUUUUGAAAUUGUGUUUGGAGUAGUAACACACAUUCCAGAAAUAUGGUUACUCUGACAAGUAAACAUUAAGAAAGUGCAAGUCAUUGUAAAUAAGAAUAAUUAUUACUAAGUUAAUGAAGAAAGAAAGAGAGAGAAAAAAAAACUUUUUUAACUGUCAAAUGUGAAGUUAAGCACUUUUGUUAAAUUGAAAAAAAACCCCAACAAAAAUUAAAAACCAAAGGCAAAAAAAACAAAACAAAAAAAAAACCCAGUAAUCCUGCUUUAAUGUCCGAGUUUGUUUCAAAAUACAAACAACUAGUGUUUUGUCCUUACAGUGAACGACAAGCUCUUCUAUAGUUUUUCAAACAAUAUUCUGAUACUAAAUUUGAAGAACAUUUUUUGUGUCUUACUUGGGUAAAAAGGGAACAUAAAACACAGCACAAAGUGCUAUCUCCAUUUAAUUUUUUAAUUAAAGAAAUAUGGAAAAAAGCAACUGCUUCAUUCAUUGAGAACAUAACUGCUAACAAGUUUUAAGUGGAAUAUUCCUAUACCAGUUUAUUUCACAGAAGUGCAGACUUGGGGAAGAACUUUUCUACUCAUGUUGUUUUGCUUUUCUUUAAUGUUCAGAUUGAUUUCAAAAUUUUAAUUCAUCUUUAAAGUUCGAUUAACAUUAUUUUUAUAAGCUGAAUAAUAAUUGUAAAUAAUAAAAAAAAAAACAACAGCAAAAAAACUUCACCAAAGUGAAACUGCAUGAAACAUUCUGUAAUUUUCAUGGAUACAUGUAUAAUUAUACAAUAUUAUUUAUUUCCUUUUAUUAUUACCAUUAAUUACAUGUAUCUAUCUGAUUUGCUUUCUAAUUGAUUUGACUGAGAAACGAUUUUAUUUGUUAUUUUUGGGGUCAAUUGAAAUGUCAUUCAAGAGUUCAAACUGUUAGUUUUAAGAUAUUUUGCUAACCAGCACAACUGUAUAAAUGUUCUUGAUACUCUAUGUUGUAUACUGCCGAUUUAAGUUCAAGUAUACAGACAACAAAUAAAUGUUCCAGGAAAAUCUA